GGGGGUUAGGGCUUGAAACGGAUACACAUUUAUAGGCCCAAAAUCCGGCACAUAAUCAAUCGGAUCUAAGAGAUCGGAGUGCGUCUGAUGAAAUCCGAUCACCGGCGACGCCAUAGCAGUUGAUUUGGUUUGUUUGGAUCCUAAGUCGACGAUCGACUUGCAUUUUUCGUGGUCCAAUGGGAGUUGUGAUAGAGAGUGAAGUGUGGGAAAACAAUCAACCACUGUCCAUAUUCAUAUUCGUAUCAUGCUUACUCUCAAUCGUUUGUUUACCUCAGAAUUCGAGCAGGAGUUCCACUGUCUUCGAUCAAUCACUUCCGUCUUCUUUGCUUCGGUUUCAGAGAAAAUUUCUUCUCGUGUUUUGCUCCGCCUCAGUAAUGGAAGGCAUGUGGUCAGUGUUUGGGGAGUAUGAAAUGGCAUACUUUGGAUUUAACAAAGACCAAAUGGUGUCAUCUCUCAUCAUCGGUUCUGCAUCUGCACUCUUUGUUGGAACAUUCUUGGGCAUGCUAUCUGACUUAAUAGGAAGAAAGAAAGUUAGCUUGUUGUUUUGCAUCCUCCACCUUUUUGUUGCUAUCUUGAAGACGAUUUUCUCACAUCCAAGCAUUUGGUUAGCAAGUGUUUGCCUCUCUUUAGCCACUUCAAUUUUUCUAUUCAGUUUCGAGACAUGGAUGGUGGUUGAGCAUGACAAGCUAGGGCACAGGCUAGAUUCAUUGAAUGAAAUGUUCUGGCUUAUGACAUUUCUUGAGUCUGCAUCUUUAAUUGGAAGCCAAGUCUUUGCAAAUUGGUUUAUCAGCAAUGAUUUUGAGAAGAACAUGCUUUCACCUUCCACUUUUACUUCUUUACUAUCAUUCAUUAGUAUCAUUUUCAUUACACAAGAAUGGAAAGAAUCCCCACCUUCAACAUUUAAUGAGUAUCAGACAUCAUUCAAAACACAUAUCUUCCAUGAUAAAAGAAUAUGGUUAUUGGGGUGGGCACAAUCUUGUGUUCACUUUUCUGUUGCUGCAGUUUGGAUAUUAUGGGCUCCAACUAUAGUGGGUGAUGGGAGAGAAGUUAAUCUUGGACUGAUAUACCCUUGUUUACUAGGAGCUAAAAUGUUGGGAAGCACAAUGUUUCCAUGGUUCAUAAAUGGACCAUUAUCCAUAAGAACUGAAGAUUGUCUUGUAUACACUUUCAUCACAUCAGGAGUUAUUCUUUCUAUUGUAGCUUAUGAUUAUCAGGAAAUUGGAAUUCUUGUAGGACUCUUUUGCUUGUUUCAUGCAUCUAUUGGCCUCAUUUUACCUUCUUUGGCACGAUUGAGAACAUUUUAUGUGCCAAAUGAGUUGCGCGGAGGAAUGAUUACUCUCUCUUUAGCUCCAGCAAAUGCUGCAAUUCUUUUUUGUCUCAUUCAGAGGGGUUACAAUAAGAGCAUUGAGAAUUCCACUAUUAUAGCAUUUGGUGGAAUUGGUUUAUUAUCAGCAGCUGUUUGUAUGCAUUUCUUAAAGCAAUCUGGCAAACAAUCUCCCCAUCAAAACUUCCACAAACAUUGAAUUCCAAUUCCAAUUCCAACCCUUUUUUAGGAGAAAAGACUGGAAUGGAAUUCAUGUUUGAAAGGUGUUAUCGGGUGAAAAAGAUUGGAAUGGAAUUCCUACCCUUUUAGUGUUUGACGAAAAUUGGGUUAUUUAUGUUUGAUUCUAUAGAUGAAAAUGAUGUAGGCAAUACGGUUGUAAAAGUAUAUAUAAGUUUUUUUUUUAUUGGAGUAUGUAAUUAAAGAUCAAGUAAGUUACAUUUUUGGUCCCUUGGU